UUAUUGUUCUUUAAAGCAAGGAUGUAUGUUAAAAAAGCAGCACAGCUGCGUCCGAAACAGCAAACUUAUGUUUCUGCGACCUUUUCCUGAGAUGAAAUAUUACAUGCAGAUAAUUUACCCUGUCCUUCAUUUAUGGAUUCUGUGGUUACUCGUUCCAGAAAACGCUUAUGGAAAACAAGUCUGGCCAGUGCCUUACAAGAGACUUGACAGGCGUCCAGAUGUGGAUCCCUACUGCCAGGCUUUAUACCCAUUCUGCCCCACUGGAGAUCCAGAUGGUCGGAUACCCUACAUGAAAGACUCUGACAUUAUCUAUGUGUUCAGAAUGCAGACUCCUGUGUGGGAGUUCAAAUAUGGCGACAUCUUGGGAAAGUUUCAUAUCAUGCACGAUGCCAUUGGCUUUGGAAGUGCAGACACCGGAAGAAACUUCACUAUGGAGUGGUACGAACUGUUUCAGCUUGGGAAUUGCACUUUUCCACAUGAAAGAGAGGAGAUGAGCGCUCCAUUCUGGUGUAACCAGGGAGCCGCAUGCUUCUUUGAGGGCAUAGAUGACAUACACUGGAAACAGAAUGGCACUCUAGAGAAAAUAGGACAGAUUUCAGGUGAGAUGUUUAAUAAGAUGGCUCGUUGGGUUCAGGAGGACAAUGAAACCGGUGUUUAUUAUGAGACUUGGACUGUUAAAUCGGACCCUAGGGACAACACCACAACGUGGUUUGAAUCCUAUGAUUGUUCUCAAUUUGUGCACCGCACAUAUAAGAAAUUAAUGGAGCUAGGUGCUGUGCUGUUUGUGCAAGCUCAAACAAAUUACACAAAGAUCUAUCUGUACAGCGGAGAGCCAAUGUAUUUGGGAAAUGACACUAUCUUUACAGAGUCUUCUACAAAAGAUCUCGCCAGAGAUAUCAAGAAGUUCUAUCACUCAUUUCGCCCUCACCAGUCAGUGUUGGAAGUCAUUUUGAGUCUGUUUGAAGCUUAUGAAAAGAUGGUCCUUGAGAGGACCUUUUAUUUGUACUACAACUUUGAAUAUUGGAAACUUCCAAUGAACUAUCCCUACUUCAGAAUAACCUAUGAGGAGAUUCCUUUACCCUAAUGAUCACAGUCUUUGCUGCUAAAUAAUAAAUGGUCAGUUUUUACUUUCUAUUUUAAUUUUGUAUGUUGUCUGGCAUCACCAGACAAAUGUUAUUAAAAUAUUGCAAUUGUUUUUAACUUUCUCAGAAUGUAGUGCUUUGUGUGAAUAUUUUUAAAU